AUGGCCUCCACCAAGACCACCCCCAGCACCACGAAUGUUGUGUCCACAGCGAUCUCCCCCUCCUCGACUUCCUUCAACGUCGUUAACGUGAAGACGCAUGUCCCGAUCACACUCAAUCUGGCAGUCUCCAACUACACCAAGUGGAGCCAAUUCUUCACGACGAUGUGCGGCAAAUUCGGCCUUCUUCAUCACAUCGAUGGCUUCGCCCCCAUGCCGGCGGAUCCCUCAUGGGUUCAAGCCGACUACGCCGUUCUCUCCUGGCUGUUUGGCUCCAUCUCCGAUGAUGUUCUGGAUGUCACCAUGGAGCCGGACCAAAACACUCGCAAUCUUUGGGUUGCCAUUGAAGUCUCGGCCUACUGUCAACGCCUGAAGCAGCUCGCUAACUCGCUCCAUGACAUCGGCCACCCCAUCUCCAACUCUCAGCUCGUCCUCAACCUGCUAAGCGGUCUUGCCCUGCGGUUCAGCCACCAGGCCGACAUCCUCGCCGGGAAGGAUCCCUUCCCCAGCUUCGUCUCGGCUCGCACCUCCCUGCUACUAGCGAAGAUGCAAGCCACACACGCCUCCAGCAUUGCUACCGCACCGCACUCCUGGCAUCUACUACAACACUGA